UAAAAUGCCCGUCUCCAUAAAAACAGAGUGGGAGUGCUCAAAAUCGAAUGCUUAGACACGCAGUUUUGAGCUCGUUUCGGAGCAGCUGCAAUGUUCAGAUGUCGCUCUGCUUUGCGCCCUACGCUCAGCUCCAUGCUUCAUUGCAAAAUUUCUUCUUCCAAAACUCUAAUUCUCCAAAACCCUACUUCUCAAUCAAUCAACAGCCAUUUCUUCAUAAAACCACGAACUCCAUCAUUCAAAUCCUCUUCACUGCCAGAAACCCUAGUUUCUUCUCCCGAGUUCCCCUUUUGCAAGGCGCUAAUUCUCCCAAACCCUUAUUUACAGUCAAGAUCGACCCAUUUUAUCAGAAGUUCGGGUAUUCCACCAUUUUGCGCUUUCUCACUUUCUUCAACCCUAACUUCUCACCGUGGUUCUCAUUAUGGCCAGUCUUCUCCAGAGAUUGAUGACGAUGACGCUAAUGAGCGAUUCAUAAUCCACAGGGACUUGACCAAGGCACCUAGGCUCUUUGUUGUUCAACCUCGAAUUAGGCCUGAUUCUCUGUUGCAGUCGAAGCUUUCUGAAGCUUUGAAUUUGGCGAAUUCUUUGGAAGAACAGAGAGAAGGUGUUUUGUACAAUGAGCCAAGCUCUAAAGAGAUGCCCCCUCAUUUAGUUGUUCAGAACCCGGUUGCUAGAUCGUUGAAGACCCAUGCUGAUACAUACUUCGGAGCUGGUACGGUGGAUAACAUUAAAUGCCACUUAAAUGCAUUGGAUUCCAAGGAAGAAGUAGAUGCUAUUUUUGUGAAUGCCAUCCUUUCAGGGAUUCAGCAGCGUAAUCUGGAGCGGGAUUGGGGCAAACCGGUUUUGGACCGUGUGGGACUUAUAAUUGAAAUAUUCAAUGCCCAUGCACAAACCAAGGAAGCUAAACUGCAGUCAGAAUUGGCAUCCUUGAUGUACAAGAAGAGUAGACUCGUUCGUGUACGGGGCUCUGAUGGCCGUCUUACAUUUGGAGCAAGUGGGGAAGCUGAGGUUGUAAGUGCUCGAGGGAGAGGAAGUGGGGGACAGGGUUUCAUGAGUGGGGCUGGAGAGACUGAACUUCAACUUCAGCGACGGAGAAUUCUUGAAAGGCGGAACCGUCUCCUAUCUCGGAUAGAAGAUGUACGUCGUACACGAGCAUUGCAACGUGCGGCUCGCAAAAGGCGGGGUGGGUUACAAGGACAAGGGCUUCCUACUGUGGCUGUUGUUGGGUAUACAAAUGCUGGGAAGUCAACUUUAGUUAGUGCUCUUUCAAAUACUGAUCUGUACAGUGAUGACCGAUUAUUUGCUACUGUAGACCCUCGUCUAAGAAGCGUUAUUCUUCCUUCAGGGAAAAAAGUGCUUCUCAGUGACACAGUAGGUUUUAUAUCUGAUUUACCUGUUCAGCUUGUUGAAGCUUUUCAUGCAACCUUGGAAGAAGUUGUAGAAGCUGAUCUUCUUGUGCAUGUGCUGGACUCGAGUGCUAUGAACCUCGAAGAGCAGCGAGCUGCUGUUCUGCAGGUCCUGCAGCAGAUAGGAGUCCCCGAAGUAAAGCUCCAAAAUAUGAUUGAAGUUUGGAACAAGAUUGAUCUUUUGCAUGAGAAGAGUGGAUCUAAUGAUUGUGAAGAUCAAGGAGAAGAUGAAGGUGAUGGUGAAGUUGUAGAAGAACAAGAAGAGCAGCAUGAUGAAGUAUCUGAGCUCAUGGAUUGCCAUUAUGCUAAAUUACAAGAGGAUGAAGGGGAACAACCAGAUAAUGAAGCAUCUGAACUUGCAUCUCAUGCAACUACGGAUUCCGAUGAAGCCAAAUCAGAAGAGGAUGAUAAGGUCGGUAGCUUCUCGGAAGAAGCACAGGUAGAGCCUAAAAAUAUUCAACAUAUAGAGGCAUCUGCUGUAAUGGGAUUGGGGUUGCAGGAGUUGCUCAAACUCAUAGAUCAAAAGCUGAACAUGCAGUCUUCUACUGCUUCUUCUUCUUCAUGUUCUUUCACUGAGGGGUGCGUAGAUCGAAAAUGGAGGCCACCUUUUAACAGAGAGGUUAGUGUGGGUGGGUAAGCAUUUGGCCAGGGUUUCUUAUUUAUCAGAAAAAGAGUUAAGGAUAAUGUAUUGCCUAAAAAAGUAACUUUAUUUGUAAAAGUAUGAAGAGUAAUUCUUUGCUAAAGAUAUGGGAAAGAAACCUGAGAAAGGUAGGAAUUUGGCAGAGCUUGGCUCUAUGUAGAGGAAAAAGGAAGCUGUGUACAUUGGAUAAUAAUUAAUGCAUGCCCAUAAUGAAUUUGCUUGCUAGUCUUUUGGUAUUUAAA